AUGACCGUGUAUGCGCCAUCUCAAAGUACCUUUGAAGAUUUAUAUGGGAAAAAUCUUCGUUCAUUUCAAUGUCCUUGUGAACGCAUUGCCGUUCCGUAUGGGUCAUUUAUGGAAGUAUCGCCAUCGUUUCAUCCAGUUUGUUCAAGUUGGUUCUUAUCUGAUGAAUGGAGAUCAGCUCUAUUAGCCGCAGGUCAAUACAAUCUUUUCUCUAGCAAUGAUAUUCUAGUUGUUGGACAUGCAUAUUUUAAUUCUCUGAAAAUUUUAUGUGCACUUGCGAACACGACUGUCCUCAAUGCAUUGUUCAUUUUUAAUGAAACAUCAUUCGUCAACGAUCGAGCGUUGGCCUAUGAGGAAUUACUGGCUCAUACACAACAAAUAUUGACACAAUUCGAAUCCAAUACAGUAGCCGAGUUCAAACGCAAUCUUGCAAUCAUUCGUUCUCUGACUACAACUACGUAUACAGCCGGAUACGAUAAUGUCUAUUGGUACAAUAUUCCUUGGAUGAGUAACACAACAGAAAUCUAUUUUCUACCAGCACCUGCUAUAAUAGAAAAUUGCUCAUGUGCACUUAGUGAUGAAUGCAAGAAUACAAUAAGUUUGUACAAUUAUACAUCAUAUCUCACUGUCCAACCACUAGGUAUUCAAUUCAAUAUUUCGAAUAUGUAUAAGAGUUGUUUCAUUCUUCAAUCCGUGCUUUUAUCUUCGCUUGAAUGUUUUUUCGAUGAAACAUGUUUUGAUGGUAUACAAGAAAGAGUCAAUGUUAUUGUAACCUCUUUAGUAGUCAAUGGAUCGAAACUUCUGACAAAUUCAACACGAUUUUCUCCUAAUACAACUGUUGAAGAAAUUAUCAACGAGCUUAUGAUCGAAACAUGGUAUGAAAAUGUGCAUUAUGAAGAUUAUUAUCAGCAAUGUGCACCCAAGCAAUGUUUCUUUUUAUUGACAUUGCACAAUAAUGCACUUUAUGUAAUCACAACCGUCAUUGGAUUGUUUGGUGGGCUUUCAGUCGCUCUCAAAAUUAUUGUUCCUUUAAUUGUCAGUUGGAUAAGAAAUCGGAUGCGUCCGCAAGUGGCACCAACUGUUGUGACAGGUUAG